CCGCGGGGCGUGUGGAGCGAUUUAGGGUUGCAUGUGAAGCCAAAAGAUUGAUCGGAGCUCGCGAAGAAUCCUAAAAAACCGAUCUCCGGCGAGGCUAGUUCUGCUCAGGAUCUUAUGCCGUAAGCUCUGGUUCGACCUCCAGCUUGUAUGAGAGUGCUCGGGAAGGAUUGCUCCGAACUGUGCAGUGCUGGAAUCGAUGGAGAAUUGCGGGGAUGCGUGCGACAGAGAGGGAACAGCGGCCGCUUCCUCAGCACCGAGCGGCUCAGAAUACCGAUUAUUCGGCCGGCAGUCCACGAUUCACCAGUGCAUGGGCGGUGGUCUUGCUGCUGAUGUACUAUUAUGGAAGCGGUGGCGUGUUUCUUUUGGCAUCAUCAUUGUCGCAACAGCUGCGUGGAUCACCUUUGAGCGCUCAAGAUUAUCUUUCUUGUCGAUCUGUUCAGAUGUCUUGCUGAUCUUGAUCGUGCUGCUGUUCUUGCGCGCAAAUUAUGCAGUUAUUCGAGAUAAACAACUUCCAGAAUUACCGGAGUUGGUUUUAUCAGAGGAGAUGGUUAAUAACGCGGCAGCAUCAUUUCGUGUCAAAAUCAAUAGUCUAUUGCUUAUGGCCCACGAUAUCACCCUUGGGAAAGAUUUUAGACUGUUUUUCAAGGUAGUAGUCUGCCUGUGGCUUUUGUCUGUCAUUGGCAGCUUCUUCUCAUUCUUCACACUUGCAUAUAUUGGUACGGUAAUAUCCAUCACAGUCCCUGCCAUGUACAAUAGGCAUGAAGAACAUGUGGACAAGUGUUUUGGGAUACUCCACAGGAAAUUCUCGAGACACUACAAAAUAGUCGACGAGAGUUUCAUUAACAGACUCCCAAGAAGCUUAUCAAUAAAGGAGAAAAGCAUGUAAAUCCUGCAACUGGGUCCCCAAUCCCCAUUACUUCUGCGGGAGUUGGCCCUGCAGUUUUAAACAUUGUGUGAAUAUUUGAAGCGAGGGUCCACCUAACUUGCCAGAAGUAGUCGAGGAACAUCUUGUGGAGCUGCCUAUGAGUAUUAUUACAUUUAUGUGUGCUUUCUGAGCUUCUCCUUGUCAGGAGGAACAAGGUUGUGGAGAGAGAAUUCAUCAAAAAAAAAAAAAAAGUUGUGGAGAGAGCAUUUGUAGUAUAGAUGACAAACAGUGCUGGGAUUAGGAUCAUGAUUUUUAAGGUGGGAUUUCUUCUUUCUGGUGAAAUCCUCAGGUGGGUGAACAACAAUUCUAAAAAAUCGUGCCAUCAUACUUUUCCAUAUCCAUAUUUUUAUUCCACGAA